AUGGAGAUUGAAGAAAUGUCGCCGCCGCCGGCUCCGGUGGCUGCUCAACACUUUAAGCUGUGGAGCGAGUUGGAACUACUCGAGUUUCCUGAUCGCUUCGUCAUCAAAUCGCUCGAGCUGCCGGAUCAAGGUUUCUCCGUCAGCCGUUACGAUGGCACUGUUGAGAAACUCAACGGUGAGCGGGAAAGUGGUGGCGGCAAAGUUUCUAGAAUAUACGGAGUAGUUGGAACAAUCAGAUUGCUUGCAGGUGUACAUUUAUUGGUCAUCACUUCAAGGAAGGAAGUAGGAUCUUUUCUGGGCUUCCCUGUUUUCCGAGUGAUGUCCAUGAAGUUUCUCUCUUGUAAUGAGGCUUCAAAGUUUCUUACUAACCAAGAGAAGAAAGAUGAGUCAUACUUCAUGACUCUUCUGAAAGUCGUAGAAUCGACUCCGGGCUUGUACUACUCUUAUGAAACUGACAUCACACUAAACUUGCAGAGGAGGUGCAAAUUAGCCGAUGGUUGGAUGGGUAAACCACUCUGGAAGCAGGCUGAUCCACGGUUUGUUUGGAACAGAAAUCUUUUGGAGGAGCUUAUUGAGACAAAGCUUGAUGGAUUCAUCAUCCCUCUGUUACAAGGAAAUAUCCUGGACCAUAAAUAUUUGCACCGAAUUUUCCUUCUCAUUUGCAUUUUUAUCUGCAAAUAUAAUAUCUUAUCUGGCCAUCUAUAUGGCUGA